CCUGACCCAGCCUGGGUUCAAGGCAGUGCUGAUGGGGUGGAGGGGUCCCCAAGCAGCCAGGAGGUGCCAGGAUCCUGAAUGUGGAGCCAGAGUUGGGGCAGGGCAGCCUCAGAGCUGGGACUCUAGGUUGGAGAAAGGAAUUCUCUGGCCCUCCCCGCCCCUCGGGGGCGGGGCUGAGGCUCCGCUAUAAACCCCAGGGUGCUUCGGGGGUGCUUCAGCGCGGUCCGCAAGGCUCUGUCCCGCCGCUCGCUGACUCUGCAGACCCAGCCUUAGGUCAUACAGGAUGUCGGACACCGAAGAGCAGGAAUAUGAGGAGGAGCAGCCCGAAGAAGAGGAGGCUGCGGAAGAGGAGGAGGAAGCCGCCGAGGAGCCGGAGCCGGUGGCAGAGCCAGAAGAGGAGCGCCCCAAACCAAGGCCUGUGGUCCCUCCUCUGAUUCCCCCGAAGAUCCCAGAAGGGGAACGUGUGGACUUCGAUGACAUCCACCGGAAGCGCAUGGAGAAAGAUCUGCUGGAGCUGCAGACGCUCAUUGACGUACAUUUUGAACAGCGGAAGAAAGAGGAAGAGGAGCUCAUUGCGCUGAAAGAGCGCAUUGAGCGGCGCCGGGCUGAGAGAGCUGAACAGCAGCGCUUCCGAACCGAGAAGGAGCGUGAGCGUCAGGCCAAACUGGCGGAGGAGAAGAUGCGGAAGGAGGAAGAGGAGGCCAAGAAGCGGGCUGAGGAUGAUGCCAAAAAGAAGAAGGUUCUAUCCAAUAUGGGAGCCCAUUUUGGGGGUUACCUGGUCAAGGCAGAACAAAAACGCGGUAAGCGCCAGACAGGUCGGGAGAUGAAAGUGCGCAUCCUGAGUGAGCGUAAAAAGCCUCUGAACAUCGACCACAUGGGAGAAGACCAGCUCCGGGAGAAGGCCCAGGAACUGUCCGACUGGAUCCACCAGCUGGAGUCCGAGAAGUUUGACCUGAUGGAGAAGCUGAAGCAGCAGAAGUAUGAGAUCAACGUGCUGUACAACCGCAUCAGCCACGCCCAGAAGUUCCGGAAGGGGGCAGGGAAGGGCCGUGUUGGAGGACGCUGGAAGUGAGGACCUGGGGCUGUGAGCGCCCUGAGGUGCUGGAGUGUGGGUCCCCUCUGUGGUUGAAAUAAACGCGCCCCCUGCAGACACCUGCUAA